AUGUCACAUUGUGAAAUGCCAAUCGGACAACCAUUUGAACUUCCAUGUGGACUUAAACUAUCGAACAGAAUUAUUAAAACAGCAAUGGAAGAAUCACUUGGUAGUGGUGAUAAUCAACCGAAUGAAUUCGACGAACGUCAUCGUGGCUUAAUGACAGAUUUAAUGAUCUCGAGUAAAGAUAAGAUUGAUAUUGAAAAAUGGAAACGAUAUGCUGAUGUUUGUCAAAGUUAUGGUACGCCAACUAUUGUUCAAAUAAAUCAUGCAGGUCGACAAUCACCUUUUGGAAAAAGACCAUACAGACAACCGACAAUUGCACCUAGUAGAAUUGCAAUGUCCAUUGGUAAUAAUAUUUUUGCACGAACAUUACAAUAUUUUGUUAUUGGUACACCUGAAAAAAUGACUCUAGCACAAAUAGAUGAAGCUGUUGAGAAAUUUGCUAAUGCAGCUGAAAUUAUGGCUAAAGUAAAUUUUGCUGAUGUAGAAAUUCAUGCUAGUCAUGGUUAUUUAAUUAGUAGUUUUCUAUCACCGAAAACAAACAAACGAAUAGAUGAAUAUGAAGCAACACCAAAGGAUAGAAUGAAAUUUUUUAUUUCGAAUUAUCGAUGCUAUUAG